CCUAGCCACAACGCAUAACGCUUUCUCCGGACUCCAACGCAAUUCCAUGCCAUGCAAUCCAUCUAGUAGAACAUUGCUCACUCACCUCAUUUACAUGAUAAAGAAGAGGAAGAAGAAGAAUGUUCCUCACCUAGGUACUACGAGAGACCUACUUCUUCCGCUGCCGCCCCACGUGUACAUCGAUACGUUGUCCAUUCAAGGAAGCCGAGCCGUCAGCGGGGAAGGCGCGCGGCGAGCGACACAGCAACCUGCGGUUGGCUGGCAUGGCGAGCUCGAGGCCGCCGCGCGCGAGCACGACAACGUGGUGCGGCCGCUGCGGCGCGUACCUGUCCGUAGCCCCGGGCUCGCGCUCCGUGCGGUGCGCGCUCUGCCACGCCGUCACGUACGUCGAGCGCCGCCCGCACGGCCUGCACCACGCCGCCAUCGGGUUCAUCAAGGGUCUCAUCAGCGCCAUCGUGUCGCCGCCGCCCUCGUCCUCGCCAUCGCUGCGGCCCGGCGGGGCGGCGUUCCAGCUGCCGGCCAGCUAUCCGCGCGUCCGCGGCUGCAAGAAGCGCGCGCUCCUCGUGGGGAUCAGCUACGCCGGCAGCCAGUACGAGCUCAAGGGCACCGUCAACGACGUCAACUGCAUGGCCUACCUGCUCCGCCAGAGGUUCGGCUUCCCCAGCGACUGCAUCCUCGUCCUCACAGAGGACGACAAGGACCCGUUCAGGGUGCCGACGCGGGUUAACCUCUUGCAUGCGAUGCGGUGGCUCGUGGACGGCACCACCUCCGGCGACUCGCUGGUGUUCCACUUCUCCGGCCACGGCGUGCAGAAGCUGGACAACAACGGCGACGAGGUCGACGGUUACGACGAGGCGCUCUGCCCGCUCGACUUCCAGGACCGCGGCGUCAUCCUCGACGACGAGAUCAACGCGAUCAUCGUCCGGUCGCUCUGCUGGGGCGUCAAGCUGCACGCCAUCGUCGACACCUGUCACAGCGGAACCAUCCUCGACCUCCCCUACCUCUGUCGCAUAUCCAGGACCGGAUACUGGCAGUGGGAGAACCACAGCCGCCCGUCCGGCGAGCCCAAGUGCACCAACGGCGGCCUCGCGAUCUCGAUCAGCGGCUGCGGCGACAGCCAAACCUCGCAGGACACCACGGCGUUCUCGGGCUCCGCCUCGACCGGCGCCAUGACGUACAGCUUCAUCAAGGCGGUGGAGUCCGAGCCGGGCACCACCUACGGCCGCCUGCUGACGGCAAUGCGGGCGACGAUCCGCGACAACGGCGGGGAGUUCGGCAUCCCCGGUCCUAUCGGCGCCUUCUUCCGCCGGGUCAUCACCUUCAGCUGCGCGCAGGAGCCCCAGCUGUGCUCUUCGGAACCGUUCGACAUCUACAAGAAGCCGUUUCUCUUGUGAUUGAGCAUGUGACACAUCGACAAUAUUAAUUCUACAGCAUAUACGAACGAGUUUAUGUGAUGACACCUCAGAAAAUGGGGUGAGUCUAAAGAACUCGAAGGGCCGAUAUCUAAGGACUUGCUCGUAUUAAUAGAGAAUCAUCAUUCUAAGGAUUUGCUCAUAUUAACAGAGGAUCAUCAUUCACGUA